CAUUAUGCCAUUGCGACGUCAUCGAAAAACAUCAGGUACAUAUCAAGUUUAAAAGCUAUUUACGAGACUACGACCUUACGAAACUCGUUUUCGACAUGCUCUGUGGAAUUUUGGUACAGCAUUGACAAAAUGACAUUGUCCCUCAGCCUCAGCCGUAACAACAAGAGUAUUGAAAUAUGGGUUCCCGAGCGAGACAGUAAUGAACUGUGGACCAGAGGUGAAGCGAAACUUGGUCGGAUCCCCAAAGCAUUCAAGAUGGCCUUCACAGCAAUGAGAGAGAGAAAUGCAGAGAGUUACGCUGCGUUAGAUGAUGUAGUAAUGAGAGGAUGUGAGACAUUCACCGCUGGAGACAUAGGUAUGUGUUCCGCCAAUCAGUUCAACUGCAAGAAUUCCCUCUGCAUUCCUAUGGACAAUAUCUGCGAUUACACUGACGACUGUGGCAAUUUUGAAGACGAGAGACAGGAAACAUGCGCAAAUGCCAUUUCUCGAUGCAGUUUCGACCAGUCCUUCUGCAACUGGAUUUCGGACAGUUCAGCUGGCUCCGCUUGGCAGUUAAAAAGUCCUUUUUCUUCUCUUGACCAAGGCCCAACGAGAGACCAUACGACAGGAUCCGGAAGUGGUCAAUUUUUAUAUUUGCCUGGAAGAAUCAGACCUGCACCAGCUCGACUCAUUGGACCGAUGCUUCAACCUGCUGAAGAUUGCCAGAUUCGCCUGUAUUUCGACAUCCGUGGAAAUGGUCCGCUAUCACUGCAAGUCAAAACUAGAACUGAAAUUAAUGGACAAGAAAAGGUUGUGUGGACAAGAGAAGAUCCUACCGAAGGCUACUUCUACGUGGACGACAGAAUUACUCUUAAGGAAACGAAAAGUUAUCAGGUGAUUAUCGAGGGUUCUAUUACCAUAUCACAAGGAAAAGUAAAUUAUAUAGCUGUAGAUGAUAUAUCUUUCAACCACAAAUGCGUACCUCAAAUAACUCCAAUUCCAACGUCUCCGCCUAUACUCUCAACACCAACACCACCUAAGAAGUGUAAGAACGGAGAAUUUAGUUGCACGAGCAAAAGUCAAUGCAUUCCAGUUACCCAGAAAUGUGACUUUAAGGAAGACUGUGAAGAUGGCUCUGAUGAGCAUUACUGUGGACAAUGCGAUUUUCACGAGGACAUGUGCGGUUUGGUCAACGUCGCAACCUGGAGCAGUUACCAAUGGCAGCGAAAGCACGCAGAGGAUUUUUCUAUAUCUCAGAAUACUACCGUUCCAUCCGCGGAUAGUCAAGGGAAUUCUGAAGGAUACUUUGCAGUUCUUACCGGGAAAAAAUACAAUGUUAACAAUUAUGCAUCCAUCAUGCGAACCCCUCAGCUUGGCGCUAUGGCUCAUGCUUGCAAAAUGGAAUUUUUCUACCACUUCAACAUCCAAGGAGGAUAUUUGGCUGUGUACGUAAGCCAGUUGAAUGGAGGGAAAAUCGAAAGGUUUGUACAGAGGAAAAAUACUGGAAAAAACUGGCAGUUUGUGUCUGUUCCCCUUGGGAAUUAUCCAGCAGGAAAAAUGAUCCAGUUUGAAGGCAACACAAAUUUACCUUCCAAUCUAGGAGUAAUUCAGGAUAUUGCCGUUGAUAAUAUUAAGUAUGUUAAUUGUGACCCUAAAAAGACAUACAAUGAAUCUUUGAAUUGCACAUUUGAUAAGGACGAGUGUGGCUGGCAUCCGGAUAACGACUUCACUAGCAUCACCUGGACACGAGCAGAAACAGUGAAUGAGACAUAUGGGCCGAAAUCUGACCAUACUGGAAAAGGAGGCUAUUUCAUGUACGUAAGAGCAGACGCAAAGUGGAAAAAUGGUAGCAAGGCUCACUUGGUGAGUUUAAAACAAGAACUCACUGACAAACGCUGCUUUAAUUUUUGGUAUCACAUGUAUGGACCAGAUGUCGGCACUUUGAAUAUUAUCAUCAGAACAGACACUGGGAAUACCACUGUAUGGAGAAAACGCAAUUCCCAAGGCAAUACCUGGAAGCCUGGAAUGCGAACCAUCCGCAGUAAAGAUCCCUAUUCUAUCGUUAUUGAAGGUAUAAUUGGCAGUUUUACAACACCAGCUAUAGCCAUAGACGACAUCGAGGUAUAUGAAGACGAAUGUCCUCAUCCAGUUGCUUGCGACUUUGAAGCAGAUUUCUGUGAAUGGAAAACCGAAAACUGGAUUUUGCAAGUUGCUGAAAACAAUAUUCCUUCAAUAGAUCACACAACAAAUACAAAAACAGGGAAGUACGCUGCAUUAAAUGGAACUUCUGGCAGAUUAAUAAGCCCGGAUUAUAAUUACACAAAGAACGACUAUUGCCUCAACUUCUGGUAUUUUAUCGAGGGCGAUCGGAGUACGAAACUGCAAAUCAUGAAAUCUGAACUUACUUCUAAUGAUGGUGAAAGGGUAGUGUGGACAGCCACAGGUGAACCAAAUGUCAAUGGCCAAUGGGAACAUUCCAAAGCUAGCAUUACACAGCUCAGUAGCGGAGAUUAUAGCAUCGUCAUUUCCGGAUCUAAGAAGAAUGAAAGUACAAUUGUUGCAGUAGACGAUGUUGCUAUAGAAGAUGGAGUUUGUCCUCCAUAUGGCAGUUGCAAUUUUGAGAGAGAUUUUUGCACGUGGAAGAAUUUAGAUCCUCCUGUUAGCUCAGGUCUACGGUGGAUUCGAAAUUCGGGGCCUACUGCCAAAGGACCUUCGGUUGACGUUACAACAGGCACUACAGAAGGUUAUUAUAUUUACGCGGAUGGACGAACUGGUGUCGCUGGGCUUAAAGCGGUUCUGGAAAGUGAAAUUCUUCAUUACGCUCCAAAUGCCUGCUUUAAGUUUUGGUACCACAUGGCAGGAGAUGGAUCACUGGAAGUGGUAUUCGUCAACCACACAGACAGUAAGAUUUACAAAGUGAUGAUAAUAUCUGGGAAUCAAGGAAAAAAUUGGUACCAAGUAAAGAGACCCGUUAGAGAUUUACCACCAGCAUAUAAGAUACGAUUUAUCGCCUCUAGGCUUUGGACGCCAGAUAUAGCCCUAGAUGAAAUAUUCAUUCAGCCAGGUUCUUGCGCAGAUCCUUUACCAACUUCCCCACCAACUGUCUUCCCUCCAUCCGUCUGGAAUUGUGACUUUGAAAAUGGCGACUUUUGUAACUGGAUCAAUGGUGAUGCUUGGGUCGUACAAGAUGGAAGGAAAGGCUUGAUCUCUAAACUAGGACCAGCUCUUGACCACACCAGACAAGAUGCUAUGGGACGGUACGCAUAUUACAAACCAUUCAACAACAGUGGACAUGACCUUAUCAGUUCUGAAAUUGACACUUCCAAGCAAGAAUACUGCUUCCAGUUUUGGUAUUACAUGCACAGCCCGUCUCCAGUCACACUGGAAAUGUAUAUGCUUCAGAAUAAUGUGGUAACUGGGCCUUUAUGGAUAAAGAAGGAAAGCGCUGAUAUGAAGUGGAAAGAAGGUAGUUUCUUCAUGAAAAAAUCAGUGGCUAUGUCCAUUGUGCUGAGACCGACGAGGAGCAACCUUGAUGUAGGAGACAUCGCAGUUGACGAUAUUCUGUUGACUCCUGAUCGUUGCCCGUUUCGAAAGGGCCACCCAUGUGACUUCGAGUCGGCGGACAUUUGUGGUUUUACAACAGAGUCUCCGGAUGGAAUCACGUGGAAGAGAGUGCAGGCAAAAAGUACGAAAGUCGGACCGAAAUUGGACAAAAGUUACGGCACGGGAGAAGGUCAUUACUUCAUUGUGUUACCAUCAUCCAGUGCACGUCUUCAUCGAGGCAACAAAGCUCGGUUUUACCAUGCCCAAAGUCCCGAGUACAGGAGUGAUACGAAGUUGUGUUCGGUUUUGGUACCAAAUGACUGGUAUGAGCGUCACCGCUCUCAACCUCUACCAGCGGACGCCUGGAGGAGCUUUGCCACAAUUUUCACUUUGGUCUCAUGCUACCAAACAUGGCAAUGACAGUUGGAGAGUGGGUCAAAGGACGAUAGAUGCCCCAUAUGUGCAUGAGAUUGUCUUCGAAGCUGUUAUGGCCAAAGGAAAUGAGGGCUAUAUUGCAGUGGAUGAUAUCGUUGUGAAAGAGGGAAGCUGUCCACCACCUGGUUCUUGCGAUUUCGAAACUGACCUUUGUACAUGGCAGAAUGCAAAUUCUGAUGUGGACUUGGAAUGGGUGAGAAACACCGGUUCAACUCCAACAGCAAAUACAGGCCCAGAUGUUGACCAUACGCUUGGAACAGAACUAGGUAAGACAUCGACCAUAAGAAUGCGAGAACACACCCUAUUUUGACAUUCAGAUAAUUAUUACCAGUUAUUUACAUUAUUCAUAGUUUUUAAUCCGAGCUAAUUCUUAACAAGCGAAAAAUGAAGGUACACAGCGGGGGAAAAAAAAAAAAAAA